CGGCCUUCCGCUGGGCAGAGACGAUGAAGCUUCUGAUUCUCGCUGUGUUUGCCCUGGUUUACGUGGCCCACUGUGAGGAAGGUGCCAGGCUCCUGGCCUCCAAAUCUCUAUUAAACAGAUAUGCAGUGGAGGGCAAGGACUUGACUUUGCAGUACAACAUCUACAAUGUUGGUUCCAGUGCUGCUUUAGAUGUGGAGCUGUCGGAUGAUUCUUUCCCCCCAGAAGAUUUUGGCAUUGUCUCUGGGAUGCUCAACGUCAAGUGGGACAGGAUCGCUCCAGCGAGUAAUGUGUCCCACACUGUGGUUCUGCGGCCUCUCAAAGCUGGUUACUUCAACUUCACCUCUGCUACCAUCACAUACCUGGCACAGGAGGGUGGACAGGUUGUGGUUGGUUUCACUAGUGCUCCUGGGCAGGGAGGAAUCUUGGCUCAGCGUGAGUUUGACAGGAGGUUCUCCCCUCACUUUCUGGACUGGGCAGCUUUUGGUGUGAUGACCCUGCCCUCCAUUGGGAUCCCGCUGCUGCUGUGGUACUCGAGCAAGAGGAAGUAUGACACCCCCAAGACCAAAAAGAACUGAGCAAAAAGUCAAAUGCCACCAGCACCCCAGAGCUUGGGAGAGAACAGACAUUAACCCACCCGGAACAGCAGGUGUGUUGGGAUCAGCAACAGUCACCCCUGCAAAGCGCUGCCUGGGCUAUGCAUCAGCCCUGUCGGCAAGAAUCGGUCGCUUCAAUGGCAGUGAUGUGUUUUCUUCUACAUCUCAAGAAAGAAACAAGUGAACAAAAAAAAAACCUUUAAGGAAAAUCUUAACCCCCUUGUCUGCCUAUUCAGAGCAGAGACCCCUCACUCCGUUGUAGACAUAGUGCCAGUGUGUCUGUGAUACGAAUGCGUUCGCACCCAGAGGAGCUUCUCUGGGGGGGCGUACAGCUCCGCAGCGUUUCUGGCAUCUGUGCUGCCUUUCAGGCUCCAUUCAGCCAAACAGCUUUUUGCCUGCUGCCGUCUUCCCGUGGGGGUUAAAUCUCAGGGCCCCCUCCUCCAGGUGCUGCCCACCUGGCUGAAACACCUGCGGGAUGGAGCUUGAUGUAGUGACAAAAACAACUCCUUUUGAUGGAGGUGUGUUAGAGCUGCUGCUUUGCUAGGUGGGGCAGAGGAGGUCCCUGUUGAUGCUCAUUCUCUAGAAGCCCCAUUGUAUUUUGGUGAGCACUUAAUCGCUGUGUUUCUGUUCUUUCUGGUUGCUCUGUUAAGGGUUGGGGUGUGUUGAGGUACUGAGGAUUUUGUAAUAAAAUGAACACCAUG